AUGACGACCCAGAGAUUGCAAGUGGUGUUUGUCGUGGCUGUCGUUUUAACCUGUCUUGCUCUGAAUGAUAUCCAAGCGAUGCGAAUAAAACGAGAUGAUGCAGGACAAGAAGACCACAAGAAUAAGACAGAUGUAAAUUACGAUGAACAACAAGAACAUGGCCAUGAACACCAAAACGAUUCCAGCCAUGAAAAACAUGAAUAUCACAAUUGUUCUGAAAGCCAUGAAAGUCAUAGCAAAGAACAUUAUGACGAGGAUCAUCAUCACGAAAAGAAAAAACAUUAUUACUGUAAAUGCCAUAGUCAUCAUGACAAUGACACGGGAAGUUAUGAACAUGAACACACUCAUGAAAAUGACACAGAAAUUCAUGGAGACUAUCAUAAAGGUACCCAUGAACACCUAGGUAAUCAUUCAGAUAGUGUUGAACAUAAUCAUCAGGACUGUAAAUGCCAUUGUCAUUGUCCGAAACACAAGGUAAGCCAUAAUAAGGAGGAGGAACAUAAGAAACACAAAAAAGGAAGUGGUGAACACUGUCACUGUUUCUGCCAUCAUCAUGGAGAUGAAGAACAGAAGGAAUCAGAUCAGAAGGAACAACACGGUAAGGAUCAUCAUGACAAGGAAGAUAAAGAGUCCGAAGAAAAAGAACACAAGGAGGAAAAACAUCAAGAUCAGAUCAUGAAGCUACUGUUUUGA